AUGACUGAGGAAACAUAUCCUCUUCCUCAGUUUGUUCUUGAAUAUUUAAACAGAAAUCCAGCUGCUUUCAGCGCUCUCAAUCAAAAUAGAACCAAUCCUGAAGCUCAUAACGCUGUUGGUUCAUUGAGAUUGUUUGAUUCAUCAAGAACACCUCAUAAAAUCGAUUAUGCCUAUAAUUAUUUUACACAAAACAUUGUCCUGAACUCACCACCAGCUUAUCAAAGAGAAUACAAGCAACUUUUAUUUCCACUCUUUAUUAACUUAGCUCAGCAGCUCUUUUUAUCACAGGAUUAUCAAGCACCUCUCGACUUUAUCGAAAAAUACAGAUACGAGCAACCACCUCAAUGCCAAGAGAAAAUUCAAGAAUUAAUCAACAAUCGUCGCAUUCCUAAAGAGGUAAUACCACUCAAAAUGUGCAGUGAAGCCUACCACCAGCUUCUCGCGAAAAUUGACGCUGUUGCAGAUAAUCCAAACACUGCAAUUUUGUCUUACAUUAUAAAUUCAGCAGUUAAAGUCACAGAAGAGGAAGACAUUAACCAUGAGUACUUAUAUUCUAAUGAUUCGAGCAUUUCUCGCCGACCAAAUUCCUCAGAACUUACAAAUCCUGUAAAAGUCACUCUUCCGCCAUAUUCAGCACGCUACAGUGGAGAGUUAUCCAUGCAGCGUCCACAGUUGACCAGCGAAGAAGAUAUUCCUUGUGUUCAUCAAAGUUUUCCAGAUAUUGCGAAUAUAGAAAUAUACAACCAUCACAACAGAAUUUCCGAUAUACAGAUUGCUCCUAACGGCAGAUUAUUCUCUUUCGCCCAAGGACCAAACGUAUAUUUAAAUACAAUCGACCAACUCUCCAAUUUGGGCGAACAUAAUACAAUGAGACUUGUUUCUCAUAACACACAGAUUCUUGCUACAGCGUUUUCACAGGAUUCCAGGCUCUUCGCGAGCUCAAGUAUCGAUGGAAUCAUAAAAAUAUCCCAUCUCGAAGCAUUUAUACCAUACAUGCGUAUUAAUACAGGUGUUUAUCCCAUUUUCUCUCUCGCAUUUGAUUAUUCAGGCACUUUUCUCGCUUGUGGAUGCGGAGAUAAAACAAUUAAGGUCUAUCAUACCAAAGAUGGUUCCCUUCUUAGGCUUUUAAUCGGCCACGCACAAUCGCCAAUGAAAAUCCUCUUUACUCGUGAUUCCAAACGCUUAAUUUCGAUUUCGGAAGAUAUGACUGUCAAAUUCUGGGACUUAUACUCAUCCCAGCCAUUCAUCGGCAGUUUCACAGUCCCGUACAUUCCGACCGCACUCGCCCUGGACCCAACGAACACGAAAAUCGCCGUGGGAAUGAUAAAUGGCUGUUUGUCACUUUGGGACACUAAAAACGGGACAAAACUUUGGGAAUCGAAGAACGAUUUGGACUCCAUGAUCACUGACAUCAAGUUCACUCUGGAUGGAUCAAUGGUUUUGGCAUCAGGAGUGAACGGAAUCAUUGGCGGAUGGAAGUGGGAAGAAAAGGAAAUGGUGAUGAAGAUUGACGCUGUUUCUUCAACAAUUGACCAGAUGAUUAUAACAGAAAGAAACUCUGUAUUGACUGCUGGAAGAUCUGUAAGAGGUAAUGUAAUUAUAUAA